AUGAGUUGUUUUUCUUGCUGUAGAUUCGAAAAGAGUAAUUCAUUUAAUCAGAACAUAGCCUACUCCGGUAAUGCAACCAGUAAGCAUGGAAGCACAUUUUCCUUCUUCCUGAAUAAUAUUUCGCGUAAAACAGGCAGCGUCAAGCAGAGACUUAUUACCGAGGAGAUAAUGAGAGUUGGGAAUGCUAAAGUUUCUGCUAAGGUGUACACAUUUCAUGAAGUUGCUGCUGCAACCGGUGGCUUUAAUUCUAGUUGUGUUUUGGGUGAAGGUGGAUUCGGGAGAGUGUACAAAGGAUAUGUUCAGAACAUUCAUCAAGAAGUAGCAAUUAAGCAACUCGAUAGGAAUGGAUUGCAAGGAACUAGAGAGUUCUUUUCAGAGAUUCUUAUGUUAAGUCUGGUUGAACAUCCGAACCUUGUCAGACUGGUUGGUUAUUGCCUAGAAGGAGAGCAGAGAAUCUUAUUAUAUGAAUAUAUGUUCCAUGGAUCAUUGGAAAAUCACCUCUUUGAUUUAGCUCCAGAACAGAAAGCAUUGGAUUGGAAUACGAGGAUGAAAAUAGCAGCAGGCGCAGCGAGAGGACUAGAAUUCCUGCACGAAGCAGACCCGCCAAUCAUUUAUCGUGACUUCAAAGCAUCAAACAUAUUAUUAGAUGAAGAUCUCAACCCAAAGCUCUCAGAUUUUGGACUUGCUAGGCUAGGUCCAACAGGAGAGAAAGAUCAUGUGUCUACAAGGGUCAUGGGUACUUACGGCUAUUGCGCUCCAGAGUAUCAACGGACAGGAAAGCUGACGAAGAAGUCCGACGUGUAUAGUUUUGGUGUUGUUUUUCUGGAGCUAAUUUCAGGAAGGAGAGUCAUUGAUAUUGAAAGACCAACCGAAGAGCAGAACCUAAUUCAAUGGGCAGAACCAUUAUUCAAGAACAAAAGUGAAUUUACAGCAAUGGCAGAUCCAUUGCUUGAAGGAAACUAUCCUUCUAAGAGUUUAUAUCAAGCUCUUGCCAUUGCAGCAAUGUGUCUCCAAGAGGAAGCUGAUGUUAGACCCUUGAUGGCAGAUGUUGUGACUGCACUCGAAUUCCUUUCCAGGCCAAAGGUUGAGGAGGAGGGACGUGAUUAUUAUGGUGUAUCAAGAAGCGCUACUAUUGGGUAUUUCAACUCCAUCAAAGGAGCAGAUUUCAAAGGAGACUUAGAAGCUUAAUUAAGACCAACUUCGGACACCAAUGAAACCUGCAGUUUCCCUGAACCAUUCUUUCAGAAUUCAUGAAUGUGCCGGAAGCCGAAUUUACUGAUGCAUUUGUUAUAUGUAACCCAAAAUAGAUUAGCAAGACAAACAUUUAUUCACCAUAUCAAAAUUAAACUUUUGAGUGGGUGAAAUAUGAAAUAAUCCUUUGUAUA